CCUACUAGGUAAAUUACCUUUCCCUAUGCCCUACAAACAGACAAAAUUGAGACCCAAUCCACUUACAAGCCCCCAUGCUAAGAAAUAACAAAAUAUAUAAUCAUCAACGAAAGGGGAAAAGAAGAAAACUAGUUGAUUAACAUGCACAAGAAUUAAGAGCAUUGAAGCGACAUUUUACGCAAACUAUUUUAAAAGAACGGAUGUCUCGAUUGAAAACUUUGCCAAGUCUUAGAUAAAAGAAAGAUUUUAGUUGUUUGACGAAAGACAGUGGUUCCUUUUUAGCUCUUAUAACAUCUGGUAAGGCGUUCCGUAUGUUAAAGAUUCUUACGAAAAAGGAACUCUUUAGAGUGAGGUCCUGGCUUUCUUGGCUGGCUCUUGAGGGGAAUCAAACUUGGGGUGUAGCCUCAACGCGACAACGAGGCUAAUUCUUCAGCAAGGUGUCUCGUGACUUUUUCGUGACAAGUUCAUCAGUCGGAAACCGCACUAUGGCAUCUCACUUUGCACUGUCAGUUUUCCUCGCUUUGCUCUUUCCCUGCAUUUACGUAGAUGCUGACACUCCUGCUAACUGUACCUAUGAAGAGAUAAGUGGAUCAUGGCUUUUUUCGAUCGGAGAAGGAGGCCACGACAACACCAUCGACUGCUCCUCGUUCAAACCUGUCUCUGAGCUUCAAGUGACUUUGUUGUUUCCUGAUGUCGCAGUUGAUUCCGAAGGAAAUGUCGGCUUUUGGACAUUGAUCUACAAUCAAGGCUUUGAAGUGAAUAUAAACGGAGUAGUGUAUUUCGCGUUUUCAGCUUACGAGAAGAGUGGUAAAAAAGUAACCAGUUUUUGCGACAAAAUCUUAAACGGAUGGAGUCAUGCCGCAAAGGGUUAUCAUGCCGGAGAUUGGGCUUGUUACAGCGGGAGAAAAGUUUUGGGGAAGGUCCCACCUAAAAUACAUGACUCAACACAGCUUUCAAGUGAUAAUAAAAAGUUCAUCCCUAAUCAGGAAUUUGUUGACCAAAUAAACAAUGUUCAGAGCUCUUGGAAAGCUGUGGUGUAUGAGGAUUAUAGUGGGAUGACUGUGGCACAGUUAAUUGCUCGUGCAGGUGGACCAAAUAGACUUAAUUUUCCGAAACCAAGCCAACCAACAGAGGCAGAUCUGUUAAAAGCUAAAGUGCUCCCAGAAGAGUUUGACUGGAGAAAUGUUGAUGGGAAAAACUAUGUCAGUCCAAUCAGAAAUCAAGGUAGUUGUGGCAGCUGCUAUGCCUUUGCGACUAUGGCCAUGUUUGAGGCUCGUGUUCGAGUCUUGUCAAAUGCAACUAAAACACCAGUGUUCUCGCCUCAAGAUAUUGUCAGCUGUUGUGAAUAUGCACAAGGUUGUGAAGGAGGUUUCCCUUAUCUUGUUAGCAAGUAUGCCCAAGACUUUGGUUUGGUGGAUGAAGAAUGCUACCCAUAUGAAGGCAAAGACUUACCCUGUAAUGAGAAGAAGUGCUCAAGGCAGUUUGGGACUGGUUACCACUAUAUUGGAGGGUUUUAUGGAGGAUGUAAUGAGGAGCUUAUGAGGAUUGAAUUGGUGAAGAAUGGCCCCAUAAGUGUGGCCUUUGAGGUUUACAAUGACUUUUUUAAUUAUAAAGGGGGAAUAUACCAUCAUACAGGUCUUACAGACAAAUUUAAUCCCUUUGAGAUAACCAAUCAUGCUGUAUUGGCCGUGGGAUAUGGAGCUGAUAAAAAGACUGGUGAGAAGUUCUGGAUUGUGAAAAACAGUUGGGGAAAGGCAUGGGGCGAAAGUGGUUACUUCCGUAUCCGACGAGGGACCGAUGAAUGUUCGAUUGAAAGCAUUGCUGUCUCGGCUCAACCGAUAAUGGAAUGAGGCUCAAUUAUUGUAAUUGUAAAAAUUUUAUGUAAUCGGCUGUGAUCGUUAACGAUGCAGUAAAGCCAAAAUUUUGAUGUCAAUGGAUUUCCUACGAAUCUAGUUUGGAUCUGUUAACUUUAAAAAUAGUAGUAACCUUUAAGAGAUGAUUCUGAAGGAAAUUCAGAUUUAAUUAUUGACAUCUGAUUAAGUCAGAAUAAAGUUAAUUUUCCUAACACGA